AUGCAUAGGACCAUACGUAGUAAAAUGAAGGAGACGAAAAACAAGUGGAUAGCUGACAAGUGUGAGGAAGUGGAGGAACUACAUAGGAAACAUGAUUCUGUCAAUUUUCAUAGAAAACUAAAGGAGGUAACAGGAACUUUCAGUAAAAACACCAUCGACUCGAUUAGGUUGGCAUUAAAAGACCAUCAAAAAGGCAUUAAAGUAAAUGGAACUCUCAUAAAUAAUAUUAGGUAUGCCGACGAUACUGCAAUACUGGGCGACAACGUAGAAGACCUACAAGAGCUAGUAAAUUCUGUCAACGAAAUUGGAACCAAAUACGGACUCACAAUAAACGCGCAUAAAACCAAACUAAUGUUCAUAGGCAGACAACAACACGGCGAAGCUCAAUUACUUGUCAAUGGAAAUAACAUAGAAAGAGUUAAUAAAUUUAAAUACCUUAAAUGUAUGUUAAAUUAA